AUUUUAAAGGCGCCCUGUUACAGAGUGUAUUUGGGCAUACCUUUAUACACUUUGUACUGUUGGUACUGUGGAAGAUUUCUGUUGUUUUUUCUCAUCUUCUACAGAUAUGCGAUUCAGGAGUAUUAUGGUAUAAACGUACAGCUGUAAUUCUGCCAUUCGAUCAACCAUGGAGAGAAAUGAUUCAAUUCAUGGCCAUGGGCAUGAGAAUGAUGUGCUGGAGCCACUUAUAGCCAAGGAGGAAGCAGUUGUAUACAGAGGUGAGCAGAAUGAAUGGAAGUGCAGUGGAGGUCUAGUAUGGGAGGAAGUAAAGAAACAAUGCUGGAUAGCAGGGCCCAUGGUGUCUGUGAACUUGUUACGAUAUAGCUUGCGGAUGAUAUCUGUUAUGCUGGUGGGGCAUUUAGGGGAGCUGGCUCUCUCUAGUGCAUCUAUUGCUACUUCCUUUGCAAAUGUCUCUGGCUUCACUCUGCUGGCGGGAAUGGGAAGUGCAUUGGAAACACUAUGUGGACAGGCCUACGGAGCAAAGCAAUACCGUCUGCUUGGGAUUCAUCUGCAGAGAGCAAUUUUCGUUCUAUUUUGUGUAAGCAUACCAGUGGCUGUAGUGUGGGCAUAUAUGGGUAACAUUCUAACUGCGUGUGGGCAGGACCCUUUAAUAUCUUUUGAAGCAGGGGAAUUUGCCAGAUGGAUGAUUCCCAGUCUGUUUGCUUAUUCAGCUCUUCUACCUCUUACAAGAUAUCUCCAGACACAAAGUAUUGUCUUUCCCCUGAUGCUAUGCUCUGCAAUUACUUUGUGUUUCCAUGUUCCCAUCUGCUGGGCUCUGGUAUAUAAAUCUGGAUUAGGUAAUAAAGGGGCUGCAUUGGCAAACAGCAUUUCCAACUGGGUCAACGUAGCACUUGUUUUACUAUAUAUUAAAAUUUCACCCGCAUGCAAGAGGACAUGGACGUCCUUUACAAGGGAGGCUUUGCAUGGUAUCAUAGAUUUCCUCAAGCUUGCUAUUCCAUCUUCACUGAUGAUCUGCUUGGAGAAUUGGUCCUUUGAAAUGCUUAUUCUCUUGUCAGGUCUGUUGGCCAAUCCAAAACUUGAGACAUCAGUUCUGUCAAUCAGCCUUAACACUAUUGCUCUAGCAUUUAUGUUUCCCUCUGGUCUUGCUGCUGCUGCAAGUACACGAGUUUCAAAUGAAUUGGGAGCUGGACGCUCACAAGCUGCCCGCUUGGCAGUGUAUGUAGUGCUCUGUAUGACAAUCAUGGAGGCAGCCAUGGUAGGAUGUCUUUUAUUCUCUAUACGAAAUGUUUGGGGCUAUGCUUUCAGUAAUGAAAAGGAAGUCGUUGAUUAUGUUGCAAGCAUGAUCCCUCUGCUGGCAGCCGGUUCAAUUUUGGAUGCAAUCCAAUGCACUCUUUCAGGCAUUGCUAGAGGAUGUGGGUGGCAAAAAGUGGGUGCUUAUGUUAAUCUUGGGGCAUACUACAUAGUUGCCAUUCCUGUAGCUGUCAUUUUGGCCUUUGUACUGCAUGUUGGUGGCAGGGGACUCUGGCUUGGAAUUGUCUGUGGCCUUUUUGUACAAACAAUUUUACUACUCCUGAUAACUUUAUAUACAGACUGGGAACAACAAGGAAGGAAUGCAAGAGAAAGAGUAUAUACAUCAGUAUUACCUGAGGUUACUGAUGACAUGAUAAAGGAAUGACAGUGACAAGUUUUGUAGUCAAUUUUCAAACUUCACCUUGAUUUCUUGGCUACCUUGAGCUCUAAAAUGUAACAGCAAUGCCAUUUUUCUUAAUUUGUUUAAUAUGCUCAUGAAGUUGGAAAAAGUGGCAAUCAUUUUUGCAGAGUGGUUGCAAGUGAAUGUCGAGCAUUUCUGUUGGAAAUUCUGAUGUAAUUCUUCUUUAAGAUGUUAUUAUGUACCAUUAACCACCUCAAGAAAUUAUUUCUUAAUUUCUUGAGUAUUGGCAAUCUUAUUAUAUAUAUUUUGUAUCAUAAACCAAUAAUUUGAUUUUCUAUUAGUAAAAUUCGAUUUUGAUUUUU